GGCUGGUUACCUGUCUGGCUGCACCCUAAUUCUAAUUUCGGUCUCUCGAUCAUUUCUUGUUAUGUUUCAACAUCUAUCGCGGUAAUUUCGCGCGCAGAGCAUCAGCAUCGGAUGCCACCGUCCGCGAAGUGAAGAUUGUUGUGUUUUCAAGGAAGAGACAGUUUCGAAACAGUUCUGCGGUGGUCCCUCCCACGAAAAGGAAGAACGAUCGUCAUCUGGAGCAUUUGACCCCGGGCUAGGUUCGACUGACGGUAAAUCACGCUCAUCAUUGGCCACUGCAAAAUUGCCUCGGCAUCAGUGCUGUCGUCGCAAUUUCGAAAAAGUGCUUUGUUACCAGAAGUGCAGCAAUUUAUCCAUCUUGUGCAUAGUGACUUGUAGUUGUGGUGUCAACACGGAUAGCUCCUCCCUGCCAUUGGCAUCGUUAAAGUAUCGUUCAGAUUAAACAAACUGUUGGAAGCAGUAAGACACGAAGUCGACCUCUGCAGAAUUCUACACCCAGUGCUGUGCCUCGUUUGAAGUGCUCCAGAGUACUCAGUUUUUGUCUCCCGCAGUCGGAUUGCAGUCAAGAUGAACAUGCUGAAAAUAUUACUGACAGGUGCGCUGCUGGCAAUGGAUGUUCUAUGUGAACAUUUGGUCGAAUUUAUGUCAAACUAUCAGAGCAACUCACAGAUUGACUACACUUUUCGUUACUACAUCGAUCACCCACAAUCAGGUGUCUCGCUGGAUCAUUGGGAAAACCGACGAGGGGACUACGUCCAUGGUGGUUAUGGUGUGCUGGAACCUGGAGGAUAUGUCCGCACCGUACACUACGAAGUUGAUGGAAACAGUGGCUUCCGGACGGUGAUCAAAACUACUGCCCCAGGGAGCUCCUUGCAGUACAACAUUCACAGUGGCAAAAAAUCGCAACCACCGCAACCGCUGUGGAACGCACAGCCAGUUGCGUUCGUGCAAAACGGUCAUAAAUCAUAGCGCCAUCAUCCUCUCCCAGUCCAAGUCGAACAAAAAGGGUAUCCUACUAGCCCACUGCCUCACACUGUCGAUGCCGCCGCA